AUGAACAUCAGUAACCUGACAUUUGACGAGGAAGAGGAGGAGGAGGAGGUCUUCUCCCUGGGAGUAACCAUACCUUUUGGAAUCAUCAUCGUGGUCCUUAUCUUCUUCGCAAUAUUUGGUAACGCUAUGACCAUUGCUGCUUUCCUUCGAGACAAGGGCCUCAGAAAUGUAUACAACAUGUAUCUUGUAAACCUGGCAGUUACAGAUCUUAUGCUUGGUCUGAUAAGUAUGCCAUUUUACGCAGUGUAUACAUUAAAAAGCUACGUCUGGCCCUUUGACUAUCAUUUCUGUAAGACCUAUAUGGUGAUAGACUUUGCUCUUUGUCUUGAAUCCGUUCUAGCAGUUAUAAUCAUAAGUCUAGAUCGUCUCUUACUCCUCAAGCACGGACCACACUACGAUCAGCGGGAAACGUACAAAGUAGCGAUCGUCAAGAUUUCGUUAUCCUGGGUGCUCGCUGUUUCCCUUUACACUCCAGCAAUAAUUGGCUGGGACCUCUGGACAGGGGAAGACACCGUGGAACCGGGAGAUUGUGACGUCCAGUUUGCCUACGAUCUCACUUUUACAACCUCUACAGCCACAGUGGAAUUUGUCAUACCUUUCAUAGUGAUAGGUGUCCUCAACCUUCUAAUAUACAUUAAAAUUAGAUCAAGGAGGCAAGUGGUAGCUCCAGCUUCAAACGCUAAUCCGUCAACUAACGACAAAGAAAAAUCAAGGAACCGGAAGGACGUAAAAGCAGCCCGUUUUCUGGCAAUGUUGGUAAUUGUUUUUGGACUAACAUGGGCGCCGUAUACUAUUGCAACCAUAAUCAUUUCCCUCUGCGAAAGCUGUGUAAACGAACAUCUGUAUGAAGCCCUAAAUUGGCUGUUGUGGUCAAAAGCAUCGCUAAACCCAUUUCUGUAUGCUUACAACAGUGCCAGAUUUCUCAAAAACUUCAAAGAAAUACUGCUUUGUGGAAGGAAGCGAAAAAAUGUUAUUUCCAAUAUCGGGACAAUUUCAAAUAACAAGACUGAAGAACAAACGGCUUAA